UGCACUUCUUUCUUCGCUCAGACCUUCCAGGCAGCUUCUCUUCACCGACCAGACAGCCACCAAACUAACACGCAGAAAUGAACGCCGCAGCAGCACCUGGAGGCACCAAGGCCGCCCCUCCCAAGUUCAAGCAGAAGGAGACCAGGCAGUUCAAGAGCAAGGCUCCCAAAGCUGGACAGAAGGGAUUUGAUGAUGUUCCAGGGAUGGACGGCCUUGGAGAUGCGGCGGUCAUCUGCCCCUGGGAGGCUUUCGGUGACAUGGAGCUGAGUGAUCUGGCCCAGUUUGGCAUCGUCUAG